GCAACACAGAGCGAAGGCGGAUGUGUUUCAACAAAAGCUCGCCUAUUUCUUGUCGAUUUAUUUGCUGUAAAGUUUAAGAUAAAUCUUACAAAGAAAGGCCAUUCGUAUUCUGUUCUUACAAUGGGGUAGCAAUAUUUUGUGAGCGGUAAUGAAUGGCUUUUUGCCCGACGGAAGAGAAAAUGUAUGGCUACGAAGACUCUCGGUUUGAGAAAGAUGUCGACGAACACUUUCACUGUUCUAUAUGUUACAAUGUUCUCAAAGAACCAAGGAUGUGUAGAAAUAACGAACACAUCUUUUGUCUUGGCUGUAUCAGUGAACACCUACGUGUAAACUCUCAAACUUGUCCUGAAUGUAAGGAGGAUUUGAGUGUAAAUACGCUUCGUAGGGCGCGUUUAGCGAGUAAUUGUUUGUCUAAGCUCAAGAUAAAUUGUGAUCAUGCCAGUCGAGGUUGUGUUGAGUUGACCUGUCUUGAAGAGCUCGAAACUCAUGUGGCAAAUUGUGGCUAUGCUCCUGUGUUGUGUUCAAAUCCAGGGUGUGGUAUGGUCAUCAACAAGCAAGAAAAAGUCCAUCAUGAGACUGAUAUCUGUCAGUACAGGAAAAUGAAGUGUCAUGACUGUGGACAGAUACAGGAAGAUGUGGGAACAUUGAAAGGAAGUUUAAUAGAAUUGGAUGGCAAAGUGGAAGCAGCAAAUAAAGAGAUGAAGAAAACUGUGGCGAAAUUGGACGGAAGUUUAAGGGAACUCGAUGUGAAGGUGGAAACAGUGAAGAACAGCCAAGAUCAAAUGAAACAAGACCAAGAAGAAGUUAAGAAAGAAGUCGAAGAAGUUAAGAAAGAAGUCAAAGAAGUUAAGAAAGAAGUAAAAGAUGUAAAAGAAAGUCUUUCAAAAGUGAACAAGGACGUGGACAAAGUCAAAGUGAUGACGAGUCAAGUGUUAGAGAAGUUAAUUAUGCUUGAACAGCUUAACAAACUGCCAUCUCCGACUGAGGGAAUGUUGAAGACACCAAGGGAAGACAUUUUGAUCGCAGGUGGUCGAGCACUUUCGAAUAACAGUAUUGAAAUAUAUUCCUGGGAGAAGAAUGGUUGGUUUGAGGUGUCAUCAAUGAAUAAAGGGCAUUGUGGAGCUUCAUCGUUUAUUUAUAAUGAUCAGUUAUUUGUUGUUGGGGGAGCGGGUACUAAGACAAUAGAGACAUUGGAUCUCAAUGAAUUUGUUUUGAAAUGGAUGAAGUAUCCUGGAAAACUUCCUUAUCGGGGUGAUGAUCAUCAAACCGUUGCUUACCAACAGCGCAUCAUUCACAUCGGUGGAUAUAAUUAUGAUCCAAGAUGGUCUGACGUGAUCAGUGAAUUGCAACUUACCUCACCUGUCACUAUGAAAAAGUUGUGCCAAAUGCCUGAUCCACGAUCUCGUCAUGGUGCUGAGACUUUUGAAGAUAAAGUCAUGAUUUUGGGAGGGGAAGAUCGUAACAGUCGUCCUUUAAAUAGUGUGUUGGAGUUUGAUGUAAAGAAGAAUGAAUGCAAGGUGUUGCCACCAUUACCACAUCCCGUGACGAGAAUGGCAACUGUUCGCUGGAGAGAUCAAGUAGUUGUGCUUGGAGGACGUGAUAAGGAUCGUCAAGCUCUGAAUGAUGUUUUCAUGUAUGACUGCAAGACAGGCAAGACCACAGCUUUACCAUCCAUGUUGGAGAAGAGAGUUAAAUGUUGUGCAGUUAUUACUGGAAAUACCAUUGUUGUGAUGGGAGGUGAGAAUGAGAAGAAUGGAGAUCUCAGUUCAGUGGAGUGUUUUAGAAUGGGAGAUUCUACAUGGGAGUAUCUUCCUGCCACGAAUAAAGCCAGGUACGGAGCAGUUGCUGAAGUUUUACCUCCCACAAGAAAAUAUGUGUAAGUUUGACACUAAGAUACACUGCUAAAUGUGUAUUCGAAAUAAUGCAUAAGAUUAUCUUAGAACAGGUCAUAUUUCCUGGUUUUAACCACCUAAGUGGGAAUUCUUGAUUAUUAAGGUAAUGUUAUACAAAGUGUCUCAACAGAAAGUAAUCUCUGUUUUGGUAUUAUGCAUUAGGUAUAUAGAUACCUUUCCUAUACCCCAUAAAGAUCGGGCAUUUAGUUGUUAAAUCAUACUUUUUGUGCCACUGCGAUCAAGCAUGUUCAAAUGUGAUCAUAUUUAACCCAUUGAGUGCCAACGCUCUCUUCUUGACAAGUAAAAUCAUCUGACAUUGGGAACAGUAAAUGAAUAAAGUAGAUGCAUAGGUUCUGAUUUACUCUGGGCACAGCAAUUAAAUAGUGUGCAUUAGGCACAAUGGCUGGUCGAAAUAACAUUUUUUCAGCAUUCUGAAUUGCCUGUGAAACUAUUGUCUAUGUAUCCGAAUCAUUCUUAUUUCGAUAUCGAUACUCGAUAGGUUAUGUUUUAAUUGCAAGACAUUUAACAAUUUUUCGCCGAAGGCGAGGUGAUUAUCGGGGAAUAUUCGCCGAGACGAAGUCGAGGUGAAUAUUCCCCAACAAUCACCGAGCCUGAGGCGAAUAAUUGUUUUAGUAUUUUUACACAAGUCUUUGUGUUUUGGGGACUGAAUUUAUUUUAAUUUCGCUUAUUUCUUUAUCAGUAACUUCCACAAAACGGCUAGCCGCCAUUUUGAAAAUUUCGGUUUUGUUAUAUUCACCUGUAGGUGAAUAUAAUAGUUUAAUACGUCAAAUUUAACCAAUCAACGUGUAGGAUUUGUUAUGUUCACUUGUGCAAAAAUACUAAAGUGUAAUAAUGACUAAGACUGUAAUGAACACAGUUCAAUUCAUGAAUCCUGGAGCUGCUUGUAUAGUUAGUCCAAGUUAACUACAGUUUGUGUGAAGGGUUAAUCAAGUAUUUUAGAAUUAUUUACUAUUCAACCACAAAAUAGUGGUUCAAAAUAGUUGGGUGUUUUAUACAACCUGUCUCUGAAAAAUUUCACGUUUUUAGAUAAAUUGUUGAUCCAAGUAUUGACUAUUGUACGAGGUAUUAGAAGUUAGAAUAUAAUACGUAAUAAAAUGAAAAAUAUAAUUUGUU